CGCUAGCGCCUCGGCUCCGCGGAGCCGGCCGGUCAUGGGCGAGAAGGGCAGGGAGGAGUAUCGCAUGCAGUCCUUCGACGCGGCCACGCAGCAGCUGCUCAAGACGGCGCUCAAAGACCCCAGCAGUGUGGACCUGGAGAAAGUGGCCAAUAUUAUAGUGGACCAGUCUCUGCAAGACUGCGUGUUCAGCAAGGAGGCCGGGCGCAUCUGCUACACCAUCAUCCAGGCAGAGAGCAAACAGGUCGGCCAGAGCGUCUUCCGGAGGAGCCUGCUGAACCGGCUGCAGCAGGAGUACAAGGCCAGGGAGGAGCUGCGCAGCCGCUCGCUCCAGGCCUGGACCUGCUACGUCACCUUCAUCUGCAACAUCUUCGACUACCUGCGGGUCAACAACAUGCCCAUGAUGGCGCUGGUGAACCCGGUUUACGACUGUCUCUUCCGCCUGGCGCAGCCCGACAGCCUGCACAAGGAGGAGGAGGUGGACUGCUUGGUCCUGCAGCUGCAUCGCAUCGGCGAGCAGCUGGAGAAGAUGAACUCGCAGCGCAUGGACGAGCUCUUCUCCCUGCUCCGCGACGGCUUCCUGCUGCAGGAGGGGCUCAGCUCCCUGUCCCAGCUCCUGCUGCUGGAGAUCAUCGAGUUCCGGGCCGCGGACUGGAAGAUGACGGACGCUGCCCAGAAAUACUAUUACAGCGAAGUGACGGAUUAGCCGCUGCGAGACGUCCCCAGCACUUUCACCAGCAAGCGUCGAACCAAGGUUGCAUUUCUUUUCAUAUUAAUGUUUUUCUAGCACUUCCUGUAAAUAGGAUUUACGCUGGCUAGAGCCCCCGUGCACGUAGCUGCCGGGCUGUACCUGGUGCUAGGCUCACUUUAGAGGUGUGGUGAGGUGGGAGAGGGAGGGCGCGUUACCACCCAGCA